CAUCUCAAGACAGACCUGAAGAUGUGGCACUCUCGGCCCAUGUUGUGUUUUUCUUUGCUCCUCUGUGGACUUCUUGGGGAAUGCUUAGGAACUGCCCUUCUGCCCAAGGAUAAACGUGGCUGGACCCUGAACAGCGCUGGAUAUUUGCUGGGACCUCCAGAUGCCCACCAGACGCUGACGGAUAAAGGAGGCCUAGCCGGUAAGCGGGAAGCUAUGGAGGACCUGUAUUCGUUAGGGCAGGAUCCCUUUGCUACAGCUGUCCGCCCCGCUGAGGAAAGCACUCUCCAAACCCUGAUGGAUUUCCUCUCUUUCCUGCACCUCCGAGAGCAAGCGGCUGUUUCACGCCUGCCACUCCCACUGGUGGAAAAAUCCGUUCAACAGUAGCGUCUCUCUCCUAAAUGGUGCCCCACCAGAGCUGCCUGCUAUUGCCUCACUCAGACUUUCCCCCAUUUCUCUUUCUCUGACUGUCUCCCUCUUUUUCCCCCCCGUGGAAUUGUUAUUCCAACACAAAUUCGUGUCAGUAUGUUUUGUUCUUGUGCCAAACCCUAAGGUUUCCUCUUCAGUUGACAGACAGUGCAGUGUAGUGGUUACAGUACUGGACUAGUUUCAGUCUACAGGAGAUCACUUGGAUUCGAGUUCAGUAGCGUUUUUAAGACCGACGAGAGUUUUAGGGAAUAAGCUUUCGAGAGUCCAGAAAGCUGAUAUCUUAAAACGCUUGCUGUUCUUGAUUAGACUCGAAUCUAAUUAUGGGACUAGGGUCUGGGAGAAUUGUGUUUGAUUCCUCACCCUACUCUGGGAGUCCCCUGGGGGACUUUUGGGACAGUCACAAGCUCUCUGUCUAACCCACAUCACAGGGUCAUUGUGUGGAUAACCACUACACUACGCCAGCAUGGUGUAGUAGUUAAGAGCAGGUGCACUCUA